UUUUGUCUCACUUGGUUCUCUUGAUCUUCUUUUGAGGACUUGUGUGGAAAUCUGAAUGUUUUAGGUCAUUUGUAUGACAUCAGUUACAUCAUCAAUAAAGAUUAGUGAGCCUGUUCCAUCUUUCACAGGUGAACUUGUAUGUUUUGGAUCAUGAGCAGAUCUUUUCUUUCUCCACAUUUUGGCCUUUCCAUCACUUUGAUAGAGGUUAAUGUUGGUUCCAGAACUUUUGUGACUCCUCUCUGUAUUUCUUUGUGAAUUCCAUUCUGGCUUUCCAAAUCUUGCUGAUGAGUGGUUUGCAUCUUGUGGUAUGUCCUCUAUAUUUCUGCUCUUGUCGUCUUUGAAAGGUGGACUGUGAUACCUUCACCCCUGCCCUAUGGAGAUAAUUGUUGUUUUUGAGUUUUUCUUCACAUCUCUCACAAUGUUUGUCAUCUGCUGCUGCUGUUGUCCUUGACAAACCCAUUCGGUGUCUGUUGUUCAGUAUAUCAGUGGUUUCUUUCUUUUCAGGACUUUCUAAAUUGUUGUAUUGCCUAUUCCCAAUGUUUGUGCAAUGCUUCUGAUUGAUUUUCCCUCUUUUCUCAGCUUCGAAAUGGCUUGCUUUUCUCCCAUAGACAGCUGUUGGUUUAUAAUUUUUAACAAACAAAUGCAGUCUUUACAGGUGAAACUGAAGGCUAAAACCAAGAGUAGUUGUUCAGAGCUAUUUAUUGUUUUAAACAAUCAAUCUAACAGGAAACAGCUGGGUGACAAGAAACAACUGUCAGUCACAGUCUGAUACGAAAUGUGCUAUGUUCUAUGUCGUUUAACACAUCCACAUAUAAAUACCAGGAAAUAAAAGCUGAAAUUUUAACCUUUAUUUUCAUAUUCAUCUCUUGAUCUCAAACCCAAAUGUCUGCAGUCUACAUCAAUAACAACUGAAUUGACCCUGCUGUUCUAAGUGUUUCAGAGAGGACUGUAUUUUCCUAGCAAACAAUUUCACCUAUUAGAGCAAUUGUUUUAUUGUCAGAAUGAUUAAAGCCUACCUCUGUGUGCAGUGUGCAGGCUAGUUCAGAGACUCAUAAUUUCAGGGUGCCUUCAAAUUUGAGUGAUUUGUCUUUAGUGCAGCAGUGUGAACCCUGCAGGGGGAGACAGGCUCUGUUUUCUCGAUGGAAGCUUCUGCCCUGCAUAAUGCAAUUCAAUAAUGAAAUGACGCCAGUAGCUGAAACAGCCGUGUGAAACUUCAACUAGGCUGCGUCAAUGUUUCAAGAAUGGAUGUGUAAAACGAAGUGUUUCCCGCAGGUGCAGUAUGGGAUAUGGUGAGAACAGCUUCGAGAACAGUGCUUUACAAGCAGCAGCAGGAGGAUGAGAAGGAAGGGAGACCGUUCUAGACAGGGCAAAACAGCAAACUCAACACUCUGUGCGUCCCAGGCGUGUUAGCGCAGAGAGAGAGAGAGAAAGAGAGGAGGGGGGGGGGGGGGGGGGGGGCGACGCAUCAUUGCAGUACUGAGAGGAAAGUCCUGCGCUAGUCCAAAAGCCUCAGACACACACACACACGCAUCCAGAGAGAAGAAGAAGAAGACAGCCGACAUUGCCGACCCAAAUCUCAGAAGCUGACAGCAGAGACUCGUAUGUUUGUUUGUUUUUAUGCAGCAUUUUUCUUUUGUGUGUGUGUGUGCUGGCAGGACGUGGCUGACACUCGGUUCUGGGUGAAUUAUAGUUUCUCGUAAUGCGCCACUCGGGCUGAUGCUCUCGCUGCAGCAGUGAGCUCUCCUCUCCUCUUCCCUCAGCUCCGCUCCCAACACUCCCCCCAGCACUGCGCACCGUCCCAUCAAAGCUAACCACAGUGCUCAUCGUACAAUUCUAGGGACUUCUAAGGAUUCUCCUGACAUCCUUGUCUCCACUUUGCUGGUAUCUCGUUGACUUCAAACCCUUCCCCCUUCAUCUCUGCCUCCUCUUCCUCCUCGUCUUUACCAAGGCGAAAGUGCUGCAGAGAGCAUGUCAGCUCCAGAUGCUGCAGCUCCUGCAGGAGCUCCCGGGGCUCCUGGCGCUCCUGGGGCAGAAGGAGCACCAGGCACAGGCCCUACUCCUCCUCCCAACACCAGCAGCAAUCGUCGACUACAGCAGACACAGGCGCAGGUGGAAGAGGUUGUUGAUAUUAUGCGUGUGAAUGUGGAUAAAGUCUUGGAGCGGGACCAGAAACUGUCGGAGCUGGACGACAGGGCUGAUGCAUUGCAGGCUGGAGCGUCUCAGUUUGAGAGCUGUGCUGCCAAGCUGAAGAACAAGUACUGGUGGAAGAACUGUAAGAUGAUGAUUAUGAUGGGUAUUAUUGGAGUCAUAGUGGUCGGAAUAAUCUUCUUGUAUUUCUUCUCAUGAGCUCACCCAGCUGACAGAGAAAAGAGGCAGAAGAACAACUAAGCAUAAUGAAAAGCCCACUCAUAACUCCAUGCCUUUUCCUGUCCCCUCUCUCUUUUUACUAUCAAGUCUUCUCAUUCCAGCCAUCUGCGACUUCUUAAUGUGACAGUAGUCAUCAGAUUCACAAGCUUCCUGUUCUCCCAUUAAUUACUAUGCUGUUUAUGAUUUCCUCUAGCUCCCUGCCUUAGAAUCUCUGACAUCUUACACACACACACACACACACACACACACACACACACACACACACACACACACACACACACACACAGAGAGGGACACGGACCAUGAGUGUUUGUGAGAUUAGUCUGAUAAAGGGUGGGAUGCUAUGAGCCUCUGUUGCAAAGGUGUGAUAGGGAGUGUAAGUGAAAGUGCAUAAAAUGAGUGACAAAUUUAAGACAGGGAGGCCACAAUCCUCUUUCUACUUCUAGCAUCCUCAGCUGACUUUCUAAAGCUUUUGGGAAUUAGUAAACUGAUCUCAGCAUAUACAACACAUGUUUCCUACUGUCACAACCUUUAGCACCCCAUCUGCUUGCAUUUAUUAGUGUCAGUGAGAUACAUGAGAAGAAAUUUAACCUACUUUUAUUGUAAUGUGUAAUUGUCAUUGCAAGCAUUGAUGAUCAAAACUCUUUUUCAGAUAUGUAGCUAUAAUUAGAAACAUCCCAUUCAUUUGUUUGCUGUAUAGCGAAUAAGGAGGCAGAUUAAAAUAAACUGAAAUAAAACUGGAGAGGUGAACAGGGAUGUGAGGGAGAAAAGUUGGGGAAGAUUGUUUAAAUAUUGGUUUGGGAAAAUCAUGUGUACACACACACACAUGCGCACACACACACACACACACACACUAACAAUUACAUUACACUAGUAAUUAAUUUGUGUCUAAUGACUUGCAUGGAAGAUUGGAUACAUUGUAAGACUCUUCAUUUCCUUAAGUUCCUCAAGUUCUACCGUGUAAUGUACAGCCCCCCCAAAAAACAAAAAAAACAUGAAAACAUGUUGCUUCAGUGUACAAAACAUAACAUCUGUGAGCCUGCCAAACAUACAAUGACCUGCUACAUUUCUGAGAAAAUGUGAUGAGGAAGAAAACAACAACUAUUGGACUUGCCAUGUAGUGUGCUAUUUUCAAUCGAAUGUCCUUCAUAUACAUAAAUGUUAUUAUUUUUCUAUGCAGUAAAAUUGCAAGAGCUUUCUGUUUCCAUUUUGCAGGUGAAUUCAAAGAGUUUGUAUGGCACAUUGCUAAAUGUAAAUGCCAUUUAUGAAAGCUUUAACACUGACCGAAUAGAAAAUCAAAUCACUUAUGACCAUGUAGAGAACCCAGAGAAGAAUUCAGAAGCAUGCCUGUUUGCUCUAACACUUUUGCUGAUGCCAAUAAAGAAAUUUAAAAACCACAGUGUGCUAGUUUUUUUUUUUAUGUGAAAAGAAAAUUGAUAAAGAAACCAAGGUUUAGUGACAUAUUUGCUUUAAGGGUUGUGAUUUUGCACACUGGGUGAGGGAUCUUUUGAGAGGAACUGAGCAGCUGUGAGUGAAAUAAAAUGACCAUAAACCAAACUACUGUAUUUACUCUGGGAUGGGCUGAAUUGAUGGACUGAAAAAUGAGUGACAUCAGAAACAGCAGUGCAAAAAAUGACUUGAUAUGAUGAAAGCAUGUGCAGCAGUUAUCACAGCUAAGAUAAUUUUUGUUUUUUGUUUUUUACUUAUGUAAAGAUAAGUUUAUUAUAACCAUUGUAACUACUGUCACAAAUCUUACCUUACGUUUACAUUUAUGGAACUUGGCAGACACCCUUAUCCAGAGUGACUUACAGAAGUGUUUUGAAGUCUUUAUCAAUAAAUACAUCCUGAUACUCGUUCACUAGGUCAUGGACUAAGAAUACCAUUAGUCUGAAAACUGCUGGAGAGGUAAUAUAGUAAGAAAAGCACACAGACAACACAUUUUUUCAGUGCUAAUGCAGUGCUGCAGGUUUGGUGUAUUUUUGCAAAUAAGCUCUAUGAUAACAUACAUACAUAAUAAUACAUAUGUUGUUCAUCAAGAUAAUCUUCACAAAUGUACACAACUUGUAUGAACUUUGAAGCCUAAUAACAAUCGCCAGAAGUAAAAAGCUAAAGUUAUAUACGCAAUAAACGAGCUAAACCAAUGUCACAUGACUUCAACAUCACCACCGCUACGCUUCCAAUAGAAUUUAUUGCACUACAAACGGAAAA